AUGCAAUGUACCGGACACACAACAAGUUCAUCAUUGUGCAGCAUGAGUCGAAUCCUUACCGGUAAAGGGUCAACUGUUAUCAAUGUGAACUGUCCACCAAAUAACAAAAAAUGCUAUCAAUCGAUGAAUCGCUUAGAAUAUGGACAACGUCCAUUACAUGGUUUAACUGUGGAUCCAAUAACGGCUACUUUCUUUGCAUUUACAUUCUUCAUUAAUAUUUUAACAGUUAAAUUAUUCUAUAGUGAUUUGACCAAUGCUAUCAUAUCAAUCUAUCAGAUGUAUUCCGGUACAGCACCAUCGAAAAUUCGACAGUCACAUUAUAAUUUGCUACGAAAUAUGGAAGAAAAAGUUAUCUCAUGGAAUACGUGCAUAUCGAUCAACACGAAAAUGAUAACCUUUUUAAUGCAACCGAGAAAUAAACAAAAUACUAGCGAUGAUGUCAAGUUUACAUUAGAUAUUUGGCAGAAGAAGUUCAAAAUGGCUGAAUGUCAUCAAGGAAAAAAGCAAUCUAUGAAAAAUGAGGCUUUGGCAAAACAUUAUGAUAGGAGUGAGCGAUCACUUCGACAGGAAUGGUAUAGGAAUAGUACAUUGAUGAAAGUUAGUUACUCACAUUGGCGUGCUCAAGAACGGAAUCAGACGGGAAAACAAAUGCGUAGAACACUGAAACAUCUUUUUGAGCUAUAA